AUGCCCAACUUUGACAACUACGCAUCUGGACGCCAGCCCGACUCGGACAGCGAUGCCGACAACAUCUACAACGACCCCGAGGCCAUGUUCAAGGCCCUGAACUUGCCGGUUCCGGUGAUGAAGUCCGCCGACGAAGUCCGCCGCGAGGCCGACACGCGCCGCAAGAACGUCCUGGCCGGCUUUGCCGAGCUCCGUGCCAUUGUCGAGCGUCAUGAAGAGACCCUCUAG